GUUUAGCUGCGAGUGACGCAAAGGUUUUCAUCACGUCUGGAAGAAGCGGUCUGCCAAAGUUUUAUUGGGGACUGUUGCAGCAUCGCAGGGGAAAGUGAGCAAUUGGAACAUAUUUUCACAGCACAAGAAUUUGUUGUUUCCAGAGAAGAAUACCAUUCCAGAAUGGCAGACGGCACACCAGUUAGAGGAACUUGGGACGGAUGAAGUGUGACUUUGUGCGUUGUGACAUUGCUGCCCAGUUUUGAGACCAGAGAACUACACUGCAUGAUAAGAAAGCGUAUACUUUUCUUUCCCACCAUUGUUAUCUGACUUCGACGCAGUCAUGGGAGUUAAAGGGCUGACGAGUUUUGUAGAACAUCACCCGGGCCUUCUUAUUUCUCAUAAAUUGUGUAACACAAAGGUAAUCGUAGAUGGCAGCAGUCUGUACCACACCGUAUACCUCGACGGCAAAAUCGAACGUAAAUAUGGAGGAGAAUAUGACGUCUUUGCUUCAAGAAUCCGACAACUGUUUCAGUUUUUUUUUUACUGUAGAAUACAACCAUAUGUGGUCUUCGAUGGCGCCGAUAGCGGUGAUGACAGGAAACUACCCACUAUUAUAGGAAGAGAACGUGAUAAAAUUACAAGAUCCUAUAAAGUAUCUAAAGGAGGUGAUGCCCACAUUAUUCCAUUGUUAGUGUAUGAUACAUUUGUGCUUGUGUUGAAUGAGCUAGGAAUUCAACAUGUUACAUGUGAUCAAGAGGCUGAUAGGGAAAUUGCUCUCUUAGCCAAUCAGUAUAGCUGUCCCGUCUUAGCUUUAGAUAGUGACUACUGUAUAUUUAACAUCACUUUCGGAUACAUUCCAUUAAAUCAUGUGAAAUUUAAUUUUAAAAUGGGCCCACACCGUAGACCUCGGUCGCGUUUUUUGCAAUGUAAGCUUUACCGUGUAGACCAUUUGUUAAAUAGCUUUACAGGAUUGACCGUAGGUAAUGUGGCACUUGCAGCUUCUGUCUUAGGAAACGACUUCAUCGACUCGGGUGAAUUUAAAAGCUUCCUUAGUAAACUGAAGAUGCCAAAAACCAUCCAGCGAUAUCCCAUCAAAUUUCAAAACUUCAUAAAACUGUUCAACUGGCUGGCGUCUUUGAAUGACCCAGAAAAUGCUGAGGAUAAACUGAUGGACUUCUGCAGUGGAAAUCAUCAAGUGGAAAUAAGAGAAAAAGUUCGUCUAUCGGUGGAAGGUUACACAGUCCAAACGUGUAAUUUCGACCUUCUAGAGUUUUUUGAAAACCGGCAGGGUUUUUACGCUCCCACGUAUCUGAAAGGUUAUAACGGCACUGAGCUCCCUGAGUGGCUGGUGUCCAAGGUACGUCGGGCAGAACUGCCGGUGUUCAUAAUGAACAUCAUCACUCUCCACCGUGUCAUCCUGGUGUGUCAGGUAGAACAUACCUCUAGUCCUUCUGCUUGGACUUGCUCAGACAAACUGCGAGAAGUUCUCUAUGGAAUUAUCCUCAAGGAUGAUCUGAAGGCCAUAGGCGAUAAAGACCCAGAGAAUGAAAGAGUCAAGUUCGUUCACGAGUAUAAAAGGGCGGGAAGAGUCAGUGUGUUGUUUUAUACCCCACCCUGCCUUCAGCUACUAACGCAAUCUGGAAGACUUCCGGGGCUGACAGAAUUGCCUAGAAUGGGUAAACAUGAAAGGAUAGCACUGUUUUUUGAAAGCCUCGGCUUAGAAGGGUCGAUCUUUUCCAGUAUGUCCCCAACCUUAGUCUUGUACAUUGCCUGUACGAUGUUUUGGAAGAGAGAGUCGAACCCAAAGGUGGCGGAUUCCCAUGUGAAAUCCCUUUUAGUUUGUAUGAUAUAUCUACUCGUUCAGCAGAGCACUGGCAAGGAAACCCAUGCCUCUGCUAAACGUUCAGCUGAUGGCGGGUAUCAGGUAGACUUGGAAGCGUCACUUAGUAUCAGCUCAGGUCAGCAACUGCAAAUGUUAAAAAACACAUUGGAGUUGUUUGAUACUCCUCCAUUUCAUGACGAAAAGCGUGUUAUAGACUGUGAAAUCAUUCACGGGUUUUCCCAAUUCCAGACGUGCUUGUUGGUGGCAAAGUACUUGAAUAAGGUCAUUGGUCGCCCUGUUUUGGAUGCGAAUCCAGAAAGAUUCUUCAAAGGAUCAUUUCUGUACAACUUGUGCAGGCACCUUAUGCUCAAACCAUUACCUCACUUGUUCCUGUCAGAAAUAUUGGUGAAAGGGUCACCACUUCAUCGGUGUUAUCAGAGAUUGGAGGAACUGGUUCUGGGAAACUUGAGUGCUGACUAAAAGGCCAUGAGGCCACAAUGAAGUGUCAAACAUAAAAAAGAGUCCAAAUCAUGGUCAGAGAUUCCUGGGAAGACGUUGACAAAGGUUCAUGUUGGCGGUGAUGUGGACGGCAUAACGAAGAAGGUGAACAUUGAAACUACUUGCAAAUUACAGAACAGAUUUUUCUCUGUUGAAUGGGAAUCAGACUAAUAAGAGUGAACUUGUAACUGUUGCCAAGAGAUGUGAGUACUUUGUUGACAUGACUACUCACACAAAACCUUUGAAGUACAUACAUAAUUGACUAAUAAUCUGAAUUCUUUCAUAUAAAAGCUCAAGAACAUCUCCAAGAGGUAAAAAAGGGAAUUAAUGAUUUUUGUCGCCCAUUGUUUAUUGUAUACUGCAGAAUGUGAAUUCCAACAACUGUCUAAAUACUUUAGCUUUAAUUUUUAGCCUGUAAUUUUUGUUCUUCGUUGUUUUAUGUAGUGUUGUUUUUCUUUUCCAUCUCUUUGUAAAUGGGAUGAACUCACGCGGUGCAGGUGUUUUAGCUUAUUUUUAGAUGAUUAAUACUAAAGCUUCAGAAAACACAAGACAUCUCCAAAAUCAGCUUUACUCACUUGUUUAUCAAGUAGGAGCUUUCUUGAUCUAAUGCAUUGAAAUGGCUGUAUUGAUUUUUGUGUAGUGCAGGUCAUUUGCACGCAACAACAUCUCUUGUUGCUACUUGUGUAAGAAUAUCGGGACUUUUGUGAAUAUUUCAUUUUAACAGUAUGUGAGAUGUUAUGCAAAAUGGAACUGUUUGACAACAGGGGACUGCUGGUAGAUUGAUUUGCAAACUGGGAGAAGCUGGGAGAGAUGAAUGACAGGAUAUCGCAGUGAAAUGGCCCCCUUCCGUUGUUUUAAUGUUAUUGUAUAUUAAAUGUCACGAGAACAGAGCAUUUUCAGUAAUUCUGUACCAGGGACAUGUAAUAAAUUUC